AUGCGUUGUGGACCCCUGUGCCAAUUCCUGUGGCUCUGGCCAUGUCUGUCCUGCAUUCUAGGUGUGCCCAUCCGAAAAGUCCAGGAUGACACCAAAACCCUCAUCAAGACCAUUGUCACCAGGAUCAAUGACAUUUCACAUACGCAGUCGGUCUCCUCCAAACAGAGAGUCACUGGUCUGGACUUCAUUCCUGGGCUUCACCCCCUCCUGAGUUUGUCCAAGAUGGACCAGACAUUGGCAGUCUACCAACAGAUCCUCACCAGUCUGCCUUCCAGAAAUGUGAUCCAAAUAUCUAAUGACCUGGAGAACCUUCGGGACCUUCUCCACCUGCUGGCCUCCUCCAAGAGCUGCCCCUUGCCUCUGGCCAGUGGCCUGGAUACCUUGGAGAGCUUGGGCGGUGUCCUAGAAGCCUCACUCUAUUCCACGGAGGUGGUGGCCCUGAGCAGGCUGCAGGGGUCUCUGCAGGACAUGCUGCAGCAGCUAGACCUCAGCCCCAGGUGCUGAGGCCUUGAAGGCUGCUCUUCCCCCAAGGACCUUGUUGAGCAAAGAAACCUUGGCUUCCAAGCAUCUUCAGGAGAAGAGAGCCUUGUGUGGACAUCCCUUUUCCAGGACUCUGUCCAUCUCUCACUCCUCUAAGCCACCCUUCCAAAGUCAUAAGACUUCAUGUUGCUUGAAACCAAAGAUAAAUACGCAUGAUUUCAUGCGCACCAGGAAGCGGGUGCUAUCCAGCAAACAGUGGAGCGUAUCUGUGAUUCUCACCAAAUUCUUUGGCCA